AUGGCAAGAUCUCUAUCUUGGGAUGACUUGAAGUGUGAUAUCGAACCAUGGAUUCGCACUGCCAUCGAUGCCAUGGGUUUUGAGACAAUGACACCUGUUCAAGCUUCAACUAUUCCGUUAUUUUCUGGAAACAAAGAUGUGGUAGUUGAAUCCGUUACUGGCUCAGGAAAAACUAUUGCUUUUGUUAUUCCUGUGUUAGAACGAUUAAUAAAGGAAGAAGCAAACUCUCCUAAGUUUAAGAAAUCGCACUUCCACUCAUUAAUAAUUUCACCAACAAGGGAAUUGGCUAGCCAAAUACAGAGUGUAAUUGAGGAAUUUUUAAAAUAUUAUCCAGAUGAUCAAUAUCCAAUACGUUCACAGUUAAUCGUGGGUACGGGAGAUUCCACUGUUAGAGAUGAUAUUAAUAGGUUUAUGGAUAAUCGACCACAGAUUUUGGUCGGAACUCCAGGGAGAAUUUUAGACUUCAUUCAAAAAUCAAACGUCAAAACUUCAUCAUGUGGCACAGUUGUUUUAGAUGAAGCAGAUAGAUUAUUGGAUUUAAACUUUCAGAAGGAUGUAGAAACCAUUCUCAAACUAUUGCCAAAACAAAGAAGAACCGGACUCUUUUCCGCUACUAUCGAGAGCGCUGGAGCCCAAAUAUUUAAAACUGGUAUGAGAAACCCUGUGAAGGUGGCUGUGAAAUCUCAUUCAAGUGCUCCUUCAUCUCUUUCAAUAAAUUAUAUUGUUACUCCUCCAGAAGAUAAACUGCAACUUCUUUUAACUCUAUUGAACAAUUACAGGUUCAAGAAAUGCAUUGUUUAUUUCCCUACUUGUAUCUCCGUGACAUACUUUUAUGCAUUCAUCAAUUAUUUGAAAAGUAUUGAUCUCAUUACUGAAGAUAUAAGUAUAUUCUCUCUUCAUGGUAAGUUACAGACCCAGUCAAGAAUGAAAACGCUCAAUAGCUUCACUACCAGUUUGAAAAACUCUGUUUUAUUUACUACGGAUGUGGCUGCUAGAGGUAUCGAUAUUCCAGAUGUUGAUCUAGUUAUACAGCUUGAUCCUCCAACUGAUUCAGAUAUAUUUAUUCACAGAUGUGGAAGAACAGGUAGAGCAAAUAGAGUAGGGAAAGCGAUCGUUCUUCUUAACGAAGGUAGAGAAGAAGACUACAUUCCAUUUCUAGAAGUUAAGAAUGUGAUUCUUGAAGAAGAAUCCGUUAAAAUAACACCCAUAGACACACUCUCUCAAACAUUCAAAGAGUGGAUUAUGCAGGACAGAGCCAGGUUCGAUCACGGUAUUAGAGCUUAUGUGGCAUUUAUCAAAUAUUACUCGAAGCAUUCUGCAUCCUCUAUCUUCAGGCUUCAAACUAUGAACUUUGUAGGCAUUGCAAAGUUCUACGGUUUGUUACGCCUUCCAAAAAUGCCCGAAAUAACGCAGUAUGCACUAGCUAGUAGUAUCCCUGAAGGAGGAUGGUUAGUAUCCCCGCCAAUAGACCUUGACACAUUCUCUUAUAUGGAUAAACGGAAGGAGAAAGAAAGACUACAGGAGUUGAAAAAUAUUCAACAUAUCAAUGACAAGAAAAAGCUUAAGAGUGAGCUAAAGAAGAAAAACAUGGCCUGGUCUGAUAAGAAACUUUCAAAGGACGCUAAAAUUGAGAGAAAGGCUGCAAUGGCCGCAAAGAGAAAGGCGAUAGAGGAAAAACUUUUGCAAGAAGGAAAUGAAUCGGAAGGUGAAGUAGAACAAGACUGGAAAGAUCUUGUAAGGCAAAACAAAAAGAAAAAACAUAAUAUCAUACAAGGUAGUUUUGGUGACUUAUGA